AUGGCGCGUUUUGCCGUACCAGUACAAGAGCUCAAAGCUCAAAGGAGGUCCUCUGAGCACAAGGUGCAGCGAGCUCACAAGAAGAUCCUUCAAGCCAGAGCAUCGACGUCAACACCAUCCCUAGCAGACCGCCUCUACGCCCUCCCGGGCGAGCUCAGAAACCACAUCUUCGCCUUCUUACUCGUCCAGCCCGUCAAAUGGGACCUCGAACACAACCCAGACUGCCCACGCAGAACCUCAGACGAGGACCUAACACCCCAGAUCCCAGGCCGCAACUACGUCCAGCCCAUAAACUGCGCCACCUCGGUGGGAGGCUACUGGCGUCGGUGGCGUCGAGAUACAACGCACGGCAUGGAACCCUGGACCUCUCCAUGGCGAAGCCAGUGGGCCCCCGUGCAAAGGAAUCCUUACAUCUGCUCCACCUGCUACGAUGACCGCGUUCGACCUACCUUUGACCCAGUCCCGAGGGCGAGGAGUCUACCCUGUCUCUGCGCUCGACGGCAGAAUUUGCAGGUCUUGCUAGUCUGUAGGCAAUGGUACGAAGAGGGCGCCUACGUCUUCUACACACGCAACACCUUCGCCUUCGAAGAUAGUGGUACGUUCCUCGCGUUCUCUGCGAACGUCACUCCAUAUUGGAAGCGCCUCAUCACGAAGCUCAGCCUCGCCGCUUGGAUCCUCGACGACGUGCCCUACGAAUCUGCGGCCGACCAUCUCGAACCCAAGGCUCAACUCUCACCCAUCUGGUCCACGCUCCGUACCUACCCAUCCCUCUCGACUCUCGAGCAAGCAGGAACAUUCCUCAACCACCACCCCUCCGUGGACGCCAUGUUGAAGCUUGGCUUGAGGAACUUGAGACGGCUAUGCUUCGUUCGCGAGCCACCGAAGCCGAAGACCCCGGUCUGGAACUGGCACAGAGGCACGCCGACGAUCUGGCCUCAGCUCGCGAAGAGAGAGUUGGUUGUCGGUGGUUUCGCGGAGGAAGUGGCCAGGGCGAUCAAGGGCCAGAGGCAGAAGCGGUUGAAGGGCCCGGUGGGCAGGUGUGCUAAGGGAAGUGGUCUGGCAGAAACACGAGAUCGACGCGGUGUCACGUGA